AAAAGAACAAGAGUAGGCCGUUCCUAAACGCCAGACUCCAGGACACCGUACGUUGGGAGGAGGAAGAGAUAAGCAGUCAAGGAAAAUGUUUCUGUCUCUGCCAACUCUGACUGUCCUUGUUCCUCUCAUCUCUUUAGCUGGACUGUUUUACUCCGCCUCUGUAGAGGAAAACUUUCCCCAUGGUUGCACCAGCACCAGCAGCCUGUGCUUUUACAGUCUUCUCUUGCCGAUUACCAUACCAGUGUAUGUGUUCUUCCACCUCUGGACUUGGAUGGGUAUCAAGCUGUUUAGACACAACUAAUGCCAGAGGCUACCCUGAGAGACUUGAUGUAGUAAAGGCCAUGUGAUUGACGUUUAAACAGAAAAAUUUCUUAUUUUACUCCACUUAGUUCUUAAUGUGCUGGAGUGAUCUCAUUUUCAUAGGGAACUAAGAUUUUCAUCUUUCUCUUAGAAACUCUGGAUUAAAGAAAGUUAAAAUGAGUUUUUUCAUCUUGCCUUUUUCAUAGUUGCAGUGGGGAGGAUUGGAAUCCCUAUAUUCGUUUCAUUAAAGUAUUCCCUUGUUA